AUGGCAUCACUAUCACUCGGUCUCGGUAUCCUCGGCGCAGGUCUCGCGGGAAGGGUAGCCUAUCAGCUACUCCGUGGUGGAAAGGGAGCGGCGGAGCAAUUCGUCAAGGGCGGAUUCAAGGCGAAGAUGGACAAGGCAGAGGCGAUGGCGGUUCUUGGGUUAAGUCUCGGCAGUGUACCGGAGGGAGCGGAGAGGGGAACAGGGUGGUCGGCCGACCUCGAUCGAGCUGCUACGCUGCUGGAGCGGAUGGGAGGAGAUAUGAAUAUGGCGAGGAGGGACCCAUUGCUCUCAACGGGCGAUGAUGCUGGCCCCUUGGACUGGCGUGGAUUAAGACUCUUGCUUUGCGAUCACGUCUUGAAGGCCUAG